AUGUCGCUAGAGAGAAAAGCCUCUGCGCUGGGGAGAAAGAGAAAGAGAAACACCGAGUUCAACCCAAAUGUUCACUCAAACAGAAAGAUCAUCACCUCAUCGCAUCUCCACAAGGAUUCCACAUAUAGUACUCCAAUCAAGCCUAAGAGCGUACCAGAGAACUUCAGUAGGUCCAAGAAGAAAGACUGGACAAAUGUUGGUCAAGAUAAACAAGAUCAGGAUGAAGACCAUGCUCAGGGCUUUGCACAUCAAUUGUUCUCAAAGAUCAUGGAUGUGGUGAGUCGAAAGACAAAAGCAUUGAUAUAUAAGCAUGAAACACAAGAAUCACCAGAUGAAACCAAUGGUGCUAAGAAAAGGAAAGUCCAUCAUAGUGAGAAGAAACAAGAAAGAUCAAAUAAAUCAAGUAGUAAAUUGAAUAACAAGAACCUUGAGCAAACAUUAGAAAAAAAUCCAUUUAAUCCAGACAUUAAAGAUGAUUAUAAGAAUGUUUCAUUCACUAAAUCACCAAUAGAGUGGGAUUUAAAAGAGGAUUUGAAGAAAAAUGCUGAAUCAUCAAAUGGGGAUUAUGGAUCAACUUUUUACAGACGUAAAGUUAAUAAGAAAAUACCAAAUUCUGAAUCAAAAUAUUUGAGAUCAUUAUACAAUGGUCAUUAUAAAGCACCAUCACCAUCCAUAACUACACCUCCAACACCAAGAACCCCUGUUGAAGAUGACAAAAGGUUGUUAUCAUCCUUACAGACAUUAACUGAAGAUCUUAGAAAGAAUUGGGGUAAUAAAGUUAAAAGAGCCACUGAUGAUGAUGUUAUAAUUGUUAAAGAAGUUAAAUUACCUCCAGCUACUCCAUCAUCAUACUCAUUAACUUUUGAUACAACAAGAUUAACAUUUGAAAAUGAAUUUAAAUAUUAUCAAAGAAUCUUGAAUGAAAAGAGAAAAAUUCAAGAUGAAAUUAAAAAGGAUAAACUUGAAGCUGAGACUGCAUCAAAAUUAAUUCAAAAAUUAUCAGAUAAUGAUGAAGAAAAAGUUGUAAAUAUUUGGAAAUCAAGAGGGAAAGAUACGCUUACUAUUUUACAAGCUUUUAAUAUUGAUGUUAGAGUUAUGGAUUUUAAAACUUUAGCAGAUAAACAUUGGCUUAAUGAUGUUGUUAUAGAGUUAUUUCUCAAGAGUCUUAUCACUGAUAAAGUUUAUGCAUUCAACUCUUAUUUCUUCACAACUUUAGAGAAUAAAGGUUAUCAAGGUGUUAAUAGAUGGAUGAAAAGAGCUAAAGUUAAUAUUUCCAAUUUAGAUAAAGUUCUUGUACCUAUAAAUGUUCAUCAAACACAUUGGGUUCUUGGUGUGAUUGAUUUGAAAAAUAAAAAAGUCCUUUAUAUGGAUAGUUUAGCAACAAGGAAAACUCCACAUGGUGAAAGAGCAUUAAAUUUAAUGUAUGAAUUUGUUAAAGGUGAAACUAAUAAACAAGGGGUACCUAAACUGGCUGAAGGAUAUACAUUUGAACAUUUAUUAGAUGUUCCACAACAACAAAAUGGAUUUGAUUGUGGUGUUUUCACUUUACUCAAUGCAUUUCAUAUCUCUAAAAAUGAACCAUUAUCUUAUCAACCUUCAGAUGCUACUCUUUUCAGACGAAUCAUAGGACAUACCAUUUUGGGAAUGUCACCUAAAUAA